UAAGAGAAAUAGAGAAGAUAUUGAUGAUUGAGAUAAGAAUAAGGCUUCAUUUGUGUGAGUGAGUGAUAGUGAAUGAAUGAAAAUGCAAGCUCCAAGUCCUAGUAGUUACACAACUCUGCUCCAUAUCCCUUGUCCCACUGCUGCAACUACAACUGCAACAACUCCAAAAGCAUUGCUGCUGGUACCACAAAAAAGCCCUAACCUUGCAGCGACAGCGAGUGAUUUUUCUUUUUCUAUUUUUAGAAAUCCAAACCUUUUCACCGCCGUCUCUCAAUUCAGUAGCAGCCCUCAUGUGCAGGUGCAGUGCUCAUCUUCAAACAAGGUCGAUUCGUCCAUCUUGUCCCAGGAUGAUGGUGAUGACGAUGCUACAGAAUCGGUAGCCAUAGGCGAAGAUAUUGAUCUUGAUAUAGAUAUAGAAAUAGAGAUAGAGAAGACGGGAAACAACUGUCGGAGGAUCCGGUUGGAAAUUGGGAUAGAAGCCCCACUCAACACCGUCUGGAAUCUAUUGACUGAUUACGAGAGAUUGGCCGACUUCAUUCCGGGACUCGCCGUCUGCCGAGUGCUCGAUAAGACGGACGGCUAUGCUCGGCUUUUGCAGAUUGGGGAGCAGAAGUUGGCGUUGGGGCUGAAAUUCAAUGCUAAAGGGAUCGUAGAUUGUUACGAGACUCCACUUGAGACCCUUCCUAAUAAUUUCGGUCACAAGCGUGAUAUCCGAUUUAACAUGGUUGAAGGCGACUUCGAAAUCUUUCAAGGAAAAUGGUCUCUACAACAGCAACACCCACACCCGCAGCAGCAGCAAGUGCAAGUGCACACAAGUCUCUCCUACAUGGUUGAUGUAAGGCCAAAGAUGUGGCUGCCCGUUCGCCUUGUUGAGGGUAGACUUUGUAAGGAGAUCAAAUUAAACCUUGCAUGCAUCCGACAAGAAGCACUCAAACUAACUCACCACAACACUACUGCUCCUCAAUAAUAUUAUUCUUAUAAGUAUAUAGUUAUCCAUCCUUGGAUUAGAUUUAUUGGAAAGGAACAAUUUCUUGUAAUUAUAAUCUGUCUCCGAGUUUCACUUGGCCUUGUAAAUCUCAAAGAAAAUGAACUAAUUUUAAAGAAUUAUGAAUUUCGAACUA